GAUGAGAGAGAAAAGGAGAGACAUGAAGUUGCAGACAUGUUUCAUUACCACAUCCUUCUUCUUCUUCCUCUCUACAAUUCCUUCUUUUGUGUCUUCUCAGUCGGAUUCUUGCAGUUCUAAUCUCAGCAACCUCAAUGGUAUUGUUCAUUUCAACACUACUUCUUUUCAAUGCCAUCUUGUUUGGGAUGCUGAAGAUUACAUUCUUAGGUAUCUUCAAAGUGGACCAAACUUAUGGAGCUUUGUCCUAUCGGCACCUUAUACAAAUUCAUAUGUCGCCAUGGGUUUCUCGACGGAUGGGAAUAUGGUUGGGAGCAGCGCAAUGGUCGGUUGGGCAUCAGCGGAUGGGGGUGGAGAGAUUAAGCAAUACUAUCUACGAGGGACUACCCCAACCCAAGUCAUCUCAGAUCAAGGGAAUCUCCCACUCCUUAAUAAUUCAGCUGCAAUUGUAUACCAAUCACCACGUAUCUACCUCGCCUUCCAAUUGAACACCAACGAACCUCCGUCCUCAAAACUCAUUUAUUCGGUCGGACCCACAAACUGGUUGCCCAAGUCGGACUUCCUUUUGAAGCAACAUCGCAAUCAUAUCUCGAUAUCAUGGAAUUAUGUCUCAGGUGAAAGCAACGUGGAAAGCCCAUAUUCAAGACUAAGGAAGGCCCAUGGGAUCCUAAAUAUGAUUGGUUGGAGUAUUUUGAUGAUGAUUGGAAUCAUUGUUGGUCGCUACUUCAGGCAUUGGGAACCCUUUUGGUUCUAUUCUCAUGCUUGCAUCCAAUUAUCUGCUUUUAUCUUGGGAUUUAUAGGAGUAAUCUUAGGGUUUGUCUUACAAAAUCGUCUCCAUGCCAACGUAUCAACACACAAGGGUCUUGGCACCUUCAUCUUUGUGCUUGGCUGCCUCCAGGUGAUGGCCUUUCUAGUUAGGCCACAUAAAACUUCAAAAGUAAGAAAAUAUUGGAAUUGGUACCACUACAGCAUUGGAAGGACCUUGGUUGUUUUUGCAAUAGGAAACGUUUUCUACGGAGUUCAUUUAGGAAAUGAAGGGAGUAGUUGGAAUGCUGGCUAUGGCGUUGUUCUUGCAAUAUUGCUCCUUUCAGCCAUUGUUUUGGAGGCAAAGAUGUGGAUGAGAAAGUGACACUUAUGAUAGGAACUGUAAACAUCUUUUCGCAUCCACCAUCUUCUAUCAUAAUGUAGAUUUUUGUAUUGUACUGUUCAUAGUUUUCACAUGCUUUAGUUCGUUUCAUGACCAUAGUAAAUUUGGAUAUGGGAAUAAACUGACUAAGAAAAAUUCAGGAUCAAUUCAAUUUGCUAAUUUGAAAUAUUUGAUUAAAUUUUGGUAAAA